GGGUAUUUAACUAAAUUAGACAUUGGAAUUUAAUAUGUGGCUAAUUUAGACACUAUAUCCUCUUUAUCCAAUAGUUGAAAUUUUCACAUCAUCAUCUGUCUACGUGGUAGAAUAAGUAUUAGUAUCUUAUAAAGUAUGGAAAAAAUAUCAGAUCCAUUAAAAAAAUAAUAUUUGUAAGUAAUUUAAAGACUUUGAGGCAGCCUCUUUCCAUGAAGGAGGGAUAAGACACUAAUAUGUAUAUCUCCUUAGACCUUGCAAUGGUGGAGCCUCAUGCAGUAGAUAUGCCCUUCCAUAAUUCUCAUUUGCUGUAGAAAAAGUCAAAUUACCUUAGAUGGCAAAUGAUAGAAGUCAAUUAACUUAAAUGUUUAGCCAUGGUUAAUGCCCAAGAGUGUUCCCAACUCCCAACUACCAUGCAUGGGUGACAGAUAUGUCUUGUGAGAGAGAGAGAGAGAGAGUCACACGUUUAUGACGUAAUGAGUUUGAAAAGGGAUUGUUGGUUGAACGAGUCCUAGGUUCUAUUAUGUUCUAAUUAAAGCAAGUGAAAAGUGGGAGAUCUUACAUAUUACUCGGUUUUGGGUUUGUUUUAUUUUUAUAAUAUGAUGAUAUGUAAUCUAUAAACUGUACAACUCCAAAAAGCAGCAUGAAAACCAAGGGCUUUACUAUUAGAAUCCCACCCUGUGUGUCACAAAAGUCCGUUGAUUUUUUUAAAAUAAAAUAUCUGACCAGUUGUAUAAAAAAUGUCUUUUUAGUAACCAAGCAGAGUUACCAUGAGAGAAAAAGAGAGAGUCAAUUCAUGCAAGCGUAUGAGAGAGAGAGAGAGAGAGAGAGAGAGAGAGAGAGAGAGAGAGAAGGCUGUCUUAAAUUAAUGUGUGGAAGCAGAAGUCAUGACGUAGUGUGAGAACUGCAAGACAGUGGUGAAACAGCUAAUGGCUUGGCCCUGUGAUCAAGAGAGCGUGUGCUAUGUGCUGUUAUAUGUGUGUCUUCCAAUACUACCUAUUUCUUACCCCUUUCUUCUUUCUUUUCUGCAAAAUCCACGAAGCUACCUUGAAGAAUCCUAAGUUUCUCUCUCUAGUCUCAAAUGGGAAACUCCCUCAUCUCUCUCUCUCUCUCUUUCUAGAGUAGUCAAGACACAUACCUUUAGAGGCCAUGGUCCACUUAAGCUCCAGCCCAUUCUAUUAUCUUCUCCCAGAUUUUGAAUGGAUUUUUAUAUUUAAAUAAAAGGAUAUAAAUUAGAUUUAAACAAAAAUCCAUGUUACAUAAUGACCCACUUUCCAUUUUUUAUUUUUUUUGAGAAAACUUUUCAUUUUUUGUGUGGUGUGUGUUUACAUGUUUCGUGUAACAUUUUUUGUUUUCUUCUACCCAGAAGUAGUGACUUGUUGGGUAAGUCAUAAAAGUGAUAAAACACUUAAAAAGAAGAAGAAAAAAAAAAUGUUUACUUAUUUAUAUUUAUAGUUGUAGUUAUUUCGAAAGCUCCAUUGGUGCACAUGUGAUCCAGAUUCCAAACUGCACUGCACAAUUGAUUGCUUGGCCCUGAAGUUAAAAUUAAGUGAUUUUUGUUGGAAAAAAUAAAUUUAGUACUAAAAGAGUAAUCAAAUGGCUUAGCUUUCUCAGCUAUCAGUAUUGCAUUUUUUAUGACACAAAGGGAAAGAACUAAUAAAAAUUUUAACAGGAUCAUCAGAAGCCGCGACCAUUGAUUAGAGAGGCUUCAAGUCAUGUGUUUUGAUUCCCCUUCCUCUUAAAAACAGAAAAGAAAAGAAAAGAAAAGAAUAGUAAAAGGUAAAGAAUACUCCAUAGAAUUAACCACAAAGUCCUUUUUUAAAUUUAAAAGGAACAGAUUGACUGUUUUCAGGGAAGUGAAGGGCAUUCUUUAGAUUAGUGUCAGUUGAAAUAUAUAACCCAUUUCAUUAAUUUUCUUGUGUGAAACAUAAAACUGUUCCUCAAAGGACAACUGUUUGGCUCACUUGAAACCUCCACUAUAAAUAACCCAGCUGAAGCUCUCCCUGCCUCACUUCAACCUCCCUUUUCUCCUUUAGAGUACUACUACAUUCACAGCAGAAGAAGAAGAAACUAGAAUCAGAAGAAGAAAAAGAAGAGCUAGAGAUUGCAGAAGCCAAGAAGCAGUAGCAGCAACACCAUCUCCAGCCAUCAAUGGUGAAGACUGAGGAGAAGAUCCUACCAGACCCAUCAAAACCCAUGUCCAUGCCAUCAUCAUCAUCAUCAUCAUGUAGGAAAAGGAAGUACAAAGGUGUAAGAAUGAGGAGCUGGGGUUCAUGGGUUUCUGAGAUAAGAGCACCAAAUCAGAAAACAAGGAUAUGGUUAGGCUCUUAUUCUACUCCAGAGGCAGCUGCUAGAGCCUAUGAUGCUGCACUGUUAUGUCUCAAGGGUUCAUCAGCCAAUCUCAACUUUCCACUCACUCAAUCCCCUUAUAACUUCCCUGAAACAGUCAUGUCUCCUAAAUCAAUACAAAGAGUAGCAGCUGCAGCUGCUAACUCUACCUAUGACAAUACAACCACCCCAUCAUCUCCUCCUCCUCCUCCUCCUCCUGCCCCUCCAUCCUCCUCUUCCUUAUCAUCCUCAUCAUCUUCAUCCUCAUUAUCAUCUCCUUCACCUUCAUCCUCUACGAUUUCUGAUCACAACAUCAUUGAGAAUGCCUCAUUACAAUGUUGGGCUGAAUUAGAACCUGCACGUUCAAUCGAUCCAUGGUUUGAUUUUGCAGACUUGCAGUUGCCCAAGUAUUCAGAUCAAAUGCUCAAUUCAAAUGCUUCAUUUGUUCCAACAACAUUUGAAGAAUUCUAUGAUGAAGGUGACAUUCGACUGUGGAGCUUCUGCUGAACUAUUCUUUUAAUCGUCUCCUUUUUUUAAAUCUCUUGAUUUUAGAUUGCUGACAAGUGGCAUAGAUUUAUAUAUUCACAUUCUUAGUGUAUUUGAGUUGGGACAAGGAGUUACACAUUGAGGUAGAUGAUUUUUAGUUCCUCUCAUGUGAGUUCCUAUUUUUUGAUUUUUUUUUUUCAGAUAUAAACUGUUAAGAAUUCUUUAAAGUUCUAGCUUUAGGACUGUAGGUCAUGAUUCAUGUUAUUUCAUGUAUGGCAAUAAGAUGGAGGAAAAAUUCAAUUCCAUCAAUUUAUAUUAUUUAUUUUCAUAUCAA